GCAGUCGGGUUAAAGCUGAACCCUGAAAAAUGUGAACUAUUCAAGGACAAUAUUAGUUUCCUGGGACAUAAUGUAGGAAAAGAAGGUAUCAAGCCAGACGAAACUAAAGUGGCCAAAGUUAAAGAAUUUCCUAUUCCCG